AUGGUCAAACUUGUAAUAUUUGACCUCGGGGGUGUCAUUGUUACAAGUCCUCUCUUUGCUUUUCAGAAGUAUUCGUGGGAGAAAGGAAUUCCAAGGUGAGCAAUGUAAAACCUUGAAUAAGCUUAUUUUUUUAGCCUUUUUAAAAUAUUUUUAGCUUCUCAAUGCAAGCCCGGCGCGCCCAUCAAUGUAAGGAAAUGUUCGCAGCACAGACUGGCUUUUUCACUAUGAGUGAUAAGCGCUGUAUGUAGUCCAGGGCCUUCGAUGGUCUCAACAUUUUCUAUGCAUUCCUUACCCCAACUCUGUACUCCCGGGGCUACUCGAUAUAUCCCUGGGUGGGGAUGUGCGGCGCGGCCCCUCAUACCCUGACCCUGUUUAAGACAAAUAUCACUGAUUUUCCUACCCUGUUGAAGACAGAAUUCCGAUUUUUGAUGCCCUGUUUAAGUCAACGGAAGUCAAUAUUAAUUAACAUUAGAGCUUGUAAAAAUUUUGCUUUUUAUCGUCCAAGAAAAGAUAUCCUGUUUAAGACAAAAAUUGAUAAAUCGAUACCCUGAUUAAGACAAAAAAUGAUAAAUUUGAUACCCUGUUUAAGACAAAAAUCCCGAAAAACAUACCCUGGCUGGCCACACGUCCCCAUUAAGCCCUUAUAAGGGAGUACCCAACCCCACACGCCACCAGCCCACUCCUUACCCACCCUUCCCAGGUUGAUCAGCAUCUCGUCCAUAAAGAAUUGAAUUGAUUGCUAGCAUGCUAUUCAUGUGCCAUCAGGACUAGCUCGGCUGCAUGCUAAGACCACUGCGUAUGAGAUUAGCUCUGCAUCAAGUCUUGAUACAGAGCUAAUCUCAUACGCAGUGACAGAGGGAGAUCCGGUACAAGAUUACUGCAGAGCAGGUUGUUGCGGGUUCAAUCCCCAGGACCAGACCAACGCUAAGGGUCUUCAAAUAACUGAGAAAAGAAGGUACUGCCUCUGCCUUGCAAACAGCUAGAUCUUUAUGUGGCUUGGAUGACUACAUAAAAUGUUGGUUCGAAAUAUUUGAAACUCCAAUAAAUUGCAUUUUUUUGUUUGUUUUUUUUUUUCAGUGAAUUUGUUAUUAAAAGUUUUAUAAACAAUGCCAAAAGGCUUGACACUGGUCAGCUGUCUCUUUCUCAGGUGAGUUGAUGUAAAUAAUGUGAUUUAGCAAAGACAACACAAGGUCAGAUAAGGAAGUCAUGAUCGAGGGGGUACUCCCGAUUUCAAGUGAUAGGCAGGGAUGAUCAAAUGGGGGCAAAAAUCAAAACACCCAAAAAUCCCUGUGGCUUCCAGCAAAACCCAGGAAAAUCCCUGGACAAAAAAUUAACCUUUGAAAAAACCCAUGCCGAAUCUCUUAAGACUUAAAAAUUUCCAGAAUGCAUUAAAUGAUAUAACAUGAAAAAUAAAAUAUAUAUAUUCUUGUAAAAAUUGAUUGUUUGUGUUUUUUCCUUAAUACUUGACUAAUGUCAAGGGAUGCCUCCUGGAAAAUCAAAGUACAUGUUUAUUUGUAUAUGAACUGCAUCUCAGUUUGAGAGGUAUGUCAAUGGCAUUUGAUGAUCUUUUAAUAAUUUUGCAUCUCUUUUCUUAAAAGUUUUGCUCUGAAAUGGAUGCAAUUUACAAAGAGCAUGCAUCCAAACAAGGACUAGAUCUCUGCAAGGAGUUUAAAUUUCAAGAAAUCAUGGAUGAAUACCUCUCCACAGCAAAAGUCAUACCAGAGAUGCUGAAUGCUUCAAAUGCCCUGAGAAAGCAUGGUAAACCACCACGUUUACUAGAGAUAUUAGCUUAUUGAAGGCGUAGUUUUAAGUACAAAUUAACUGCCGCUUAUAAGCCCUAAGCCCCCCUCCCUUCUUUAUAAGCGCCUGAUUAAAAACCAGUAAAAGCAAAACAUAUUUUGCUCAGCACUGCCAUAGCUUGUUUGAACCGCUUUUUUUCAUCCGAUUUUAAGCCCUGUUGGAUGUAAGCCCCUAUGUUUAUAAGCCUCCGAAAACCCCUUACGAGAGGCUUAUAAGUGGCAGUUUACAGUAUUACCAGUGGACAUUGGUAUAAAUUACCAAUGGAGUUAGAAUCUGGUGGUCUGUUAUUUUUUAAAUAUAUCUAUGUGGAAUGAUAAUAUGUAUUUUCCAGGUAUCAAGACCUGCAUAUUGACAAACAACUGGGCCAAUGAUACUGGAAAAAAGUUUAAAUCACUUCCGUUUCCUCACUUACUUCACUAUUUUGAUGAAGAGUUUGAGUCUUGCAAACUUGGUCUCUGUAAACCAGAUCCUAACAUUUACAAGCUUGUCUGCUCAAAGAUGAAUGUCAAGCCUUCAGAGGUAAGUAUAUACAUGUAUAUUUAUUUUAAAAUACAUUUACAGAACAACCUAUCUAAUUUGAAUGCUGUCUUUACCACACAAUCUUCUCUAAAUCUCUUGCAGCCUAUUUCUCUUAGGUUUAUAUCCUACAUGUAUUUUUUCUGUUAAUUAAUAUCACCAAACUCAGGUUUGGGUAAGGAUGGUUUACCAAAGCAUUGGAGUUGGAUUUGAUAUAUUCAUCUACUUCUCCUCAUGA